GCGCGUCCCGCCGGGGCGGCUCGGCUCCGCUCACAGAUUCAUGUGCUGAAAAAGUGGAGACCUUCCACAGCCUCAGGGAGACCUGAGGAGGGGCCACAGGCCACCUGCCUGGAGCUGCUGCCUUUAGCUGGACGCUGUUCGAAGUCUAAUUUCUGCUUCCCAAGAUGGAAGAGGAUGCAGGCCUGUUGGCUAAGGUGGAGGCUCUGGACAGUGUCCCACUCGUGGAAACUGAAAGAGACAAGCUAGAGGAUCCCGGGUUUGAGGUGGUGUCUCCUCCGCCAGAAGCUGAGGAUGAGCCGCAUGUGAGAUGCAGCCGUCCAGAGAAAGGGCACAGCGCCACCGAUGCUGACAAAAGGGAGGAGAAAUCAGCCGCCCGAGACAGAAUCCAGGUGCUCCACCUGCGGAGGACCUUGGACCACCUGGAGAAGCUGCACAGAGAGAAAGACCUCUUCAUAGAGAAAACCAGAGAGGAGCUGCGUGCCUGCCGCCAGAGGGUGGGCCUUCUCACCGAUCAGCAAGACAGCGUGGCAGCCCGGGUGGCCACGGAGAGAGAGGCCACCAACACGGCAGCUGUGGGCCGCCUCCAGGCCCUGUCAGGACGCCUGCGCGUGGAGCUGGAGAAGGAGCAGUGUCUGCAGGCGCGGGUGGCGGACACCCUCCGUGAGAGCGAGAGCACCAUGUGGCAUAUUGAGAUCCAGGAGGGGCGGCUUGAAGGCGUCCGGAAACGUGCCCAGGAGGAGGCGACAUCUGCCAGGAGGUGCUUGCAGGUGCAGGCGGCCAGGCGCAGGGAGGAGGAGGCUUUGGCGAAGGCGGAGAGGAACCGGCUGCUGAGGGUCAGGAGGUCCAUGCACCUCCAGAAGGAGCACGGGGUCCGGCACCAGAGGCUGGUGGAAGAUGCCCAGAAGAAUCACAAGGUCGCGGUGAAGCUCCUCAAGGCCUCCCUAGGCAGGAUUCGAGAGCAGGAGAAGAAGGGGAGGAAGGAGUCCCUGGAGCACCUGAAGCGGCGCAUGGAGGCCGUGCUGGCGCUCAAGGGGAGCAUUGCCGCCAACCGGGAAACGCUGCGGAAAUUUCAAGCUUGGGGCCAGGCCAAGGCAGCACUGGCUGAGCAGAGGGCCCAGGUGGAGAAGGCGGAGAUUCUGGCCCAAGGGAGGGACGCUUUCAAGCACCUUUUCCACCAACGCCGGUAUCAGGAGCUGGAAGCCCAGAACCGUGCAUUUGAGGAGGAGCAGAGGCUCCGAAAGCAGGAGAUUGUAAGUCGGAUUUUGAAGGAGGAGGCCAAGGAGGAUGCCAGGAAGAAGAAAGCAUGUCCCCCUGCCAAAGCCACAGCUCGAUUAACGCUGAGGGACAAGGCCUGGAGCUACGUGGCCCACGUCUGCGAAGGGAAGGCCACGGCAGCCAUGCCCUGCUGCCCACUGCAGCUGCAGGAGAUCGGCAGCCCCGCACAUCCCAGAACCUCUCGGCUUGUGGAAGCCAUAUCCAGUGAGUCAGUCCAGGGGGGCCCCGGGAACCUCACCAGCGAGAGCAGCACGCUGGCGGAGCCGGAAAUCCCCGGGCUUUGGAGUGAAGACUGUAGUUCGUACCAGGUGCCCAAAGAGGACAUGGACCAAAAACCUGUGCGUGGGACAAAGGUGGACAAGGAUAUCCUGGCCUGCACCGUGGAGCAGCUGACCAGCAGGAUAGUCCACAAGCAGGUGGCGUCUGGGCAUGCAUUCAAGGGUCAGCCCUUCCACAGCAAACCCAAGCUCAUCCACUUCAAGGAUUUUGACAUUGGCAAAGUGUAUAAGAAAAAGAUCAGGUUGGUAAACGCAACCUACACGAUUAACUACUGCAAGCUGGUGGGUGUGGAGGAGCAUCUCAAGGACUUCGUCCACAUCGACUUUGACCCCCCUGGUCCCAUGUCAGCUGGGAUGUCCUGCGAAGUGCUUGUCACCUUCAAGCCCAUGAUAAACAAGGAUCUGGAAGGAAACGUCUCCUUUCUGGCGCAGACGGGCGGCUUUUCCAUUCCACUGAAAUGCUCAGCAAAGAAGUGCUCUGUGUCCCUUGACAAGGAGCUCGUUGAUUUUGGGAGCUGCGUGGUGGGUGAGACUGCCUCCCGGGCCAUCACACUGACAAACGUCGGCAGCUUGGGCACCACAUUCAGGUUUCUCCGGGUGUCGGAGUCCUGUGAGGUGGACGCCUCCCCGAACGGCCUCUUGACAUACAAAGACAAAGGUUUUUAUGAUGAAAUCGUCCCCAGCUUUUCCAAGGGGCACAAGGAUGGCGAUGAGUCCUCCCCUCUAGACGCCCCAAGCCCGAAGGAGUCUGGGAAAUUGGGCAGCAAGGAGCUGGAAGUGGGUCCUGCAGAAUCGGAGGGCAUGACCGUGCCCACCAUCACGGCCUUACCUGUCGGUGAGGACCAGGUGGAGAUCUCGCUGGGAGAGGUGACAGAGGGCGACAUCAGCCCCUUCAGCUCCAUCAGAGUGCCUGUCAUCUUCACCCCCGUCGUCCCAGGAGCAGUGCACACCAGGUUCAAGGUCAUGUUCAAGAAUCAGCAGUGCCCAGCACUGUGUUUCAGAGCUGUGGGCGUGGCCAUGGACGUGCCGGUCUGGGUCCCGAAGCCUCACGUGGACCUGAAGAUAUGCAUGUACGACCGGCUGUACCAGGACUCCGUCCUCGUCCGUACGCGGUCAAAAGCCACCCUGCGCCUCACGUUCGAAGUGUGCAAGGAGCUGAGGGCCCACAUAGAGCUGCUGCCUGAGACCGGCUACAUCCAGGCCCUGUCGUCCUACUCAGUGCAGCUCAAGUUCCUGCCGCGACACUCCCUUCCAGAGGACGCGGGGAAGUAUUUCGACAAGGAAACCAGGGUUCUGGAGGCCCCAGUGACAAUACGGGUGGCUGACCAGAUCAAACCCGUGGUGUUUACCGUCCAUGCCAUAGUCACCACCUCAGACCUGGAGCUCAACCCCCCAGAGGUGGACUUUGGCUACUGUACCAUCUACGAGGCCAUCAGGACCCAAGUCAGCCUGUGCAACCACUCCCUCCUGCCCCAGGAGUUUGGUUUCGUCGGGCUCCCCAAGUUUGUGGAUAUCCAGCCCAACGACGGAUUUGGGACAAUCUUGCCGCUGGAAACCCUGCCCCUGGACGUGACCUUCCAGCCCUCUGAGGCCAAGGAGUACAACUUUGAGCUCCUCUGCAAAUCGGAGAUUGGCCGGUGCUUCAGGCUGACGUGCCGAGCUGUGGGGGUCCGCCCGCCCCUCGAGCUGUCCCACCACCAGAUCAAGUUUGCAGCCACCUCCGUGUACGGCACGUCCGUGGCCGCUCUGUACGUCAUCAAUUCGCACCUGAGCACGAGCCCCCUGACUCGCUCCAUGCCCCGCAUCGGCUCGGCGGGUGCCUCCCCCGUGGGGCCCACCACUUUCGAGUUCCUGCUGCCCCCAGACUCGCCCAUCACCAUCUCUCCCUCCGUGGGGACCGUGCUGCCAGGAAAGAAGUGCCUGGUCCAGGUGGCCUUCCAGCCUGGGCUGUCCAGCAAGCUGGUCCGCAAGGAAGCCUUCCAGGCUCUGGCCAAAGAACUCAAGGCCCACAAAGACACAGCCACCCCGAGGAAGGACCUGCAGAGACUGUCCUUUUCGAGGCUACAACUCCAGGACCAAGGCCAGCUGGUCCAGGCCUCCGCCCCGCAGCCCCUGGAGCUGCAGAAGCAUGGUGUCAACUCCCGCUCCGAUGAGUACCAGGCCUCACAGGCCGCCCUGGCCAGGUCUUUCCAGGGGAAGUUUGACAAGUUUGUGGUCCCCUGUGUCCUUGCCAGUGAUGACAUCAAAGACAGGAAGGGGAUGGAGCCACUGAGCUUCAGCCCUCACAACACCCUGUUCCUGGAGCUGUGGUGUCCGGCAGUGGCACCAGCCAUUGUGGUGACAUCUGACAAAGGCAAAACCAUUUCCAACUUCGGUGACAUUGCUGUAGGACACCGCUGCAUAAAGAAGGUCGCCAUCCAGAACAUCUCCUCUGAGGAUCUCGCCGUGGACUUCUCCGUGCUGAACCCCAGUGGCCCCUUUGUCCUGCUGAACCCCAUCAGAGAGCUGGCUGCGGGCGAGACCCGGGUCCUGGCGCUCUCCUUCUCCCCCCAGGAGACCGUCCCGGCCCAAGAAAUGCUGGACGUCAUCACCAGGCGAGGCACACUCUCCCUGACCCUCAUGGGCACCGGUGUGGCAUCCACGAUCGCAUGCUCCAUUGAAGGGGGCGUCCUCAACAUGGGCUAUGUGAUCGCCAGAGAGUCGGUCUCCUCAGGCUUCCAGCUGCAGAACAACUCCCCGUUGCCCAUCAAGUUCUCCAUGCGGCUGGACAGCCUCUCCAACGCCAGGACUGAAGGCCGGCAGCAGGUGCCACAGUUCCUGGCCUCACGGGACCAGAGGACGGACAUCGUGGGCACACAGAACCUCAGUGGCCAGAGUGUGUUCAGCGUGGUCCCGGUUGAGGGCAUCCUGGAGCCCAGCAGGGCGCAGGACUUCACAGUGACCUUCAGCCCAGACCACGAGAGCCUGUACUUCUCCGACCAGCUGCAGGUCAUGCUCUUUGACAAGACGCUGUCCCACCAGAUCCUCUUGAAGGGCGCUGCCCGCGAGCACAUGAUGUUUGUGGAGGGUGGAGACCCCCUGGACGUACCUGUGGAGUCCCUGACCAUGACCCCCACCUUGGCCCUGGAGCGCAGGGAAGAAACCGAGGAGCUGAAGCCCAUCCUGGUGACCCUGAACUAUGUUCAGCUAGACGCGGACACGCCAGCCCCACCUGCCACCCGAGAGCUGCAGGUGGGCUGCAUCCGAACCACCCAGCUGACCCAAAAGAAGAGCAUCGAGUUCGGCCUGGACAGCAUCGCCUCCCUGCAGCACAAGGGCUUCACCAUCGAGCCCACCAGAGGCACAGUAGAGCGCGGCCAGACCAAGACCAUCAGCAUCUCCUGGGUGCCGCCUGCAGACUUUGAUCCGGACCACCCACUCACUGCGUCAGCCCUGCUGCAGCUCCGGGGGGCUGUGAAGGAGACCUACAAGGUCCUUUUUGUAGCCCAGGUUGUGACCAGCCCCUGACAUGACAGAAGUCUCUCCCCAGAGACCCCUCAGGCCCUCCUGCUCACCCCGGAAGCCCUCCCCUGGCCCCCAGGUUUGAUGGGUAGCCCUUUGCAUGGCCCAUGGCCAGGGUACCCCUGCCCCUGCCCCUAACCCAGUGAGCUGGGAGCCAAGAGCACCCCCUCCCCCGGCCCCCACACUCCCGAACCAGCGAUGAGGCCAGUCCUGCCCACAACCUACUCCUAGCCUGAGCCCCUCCAGGCCCCAGGCCCACCAGCAUCUAUUCAGCUUUUAGAGGCUCUGGUGGAAGGAAGAGCUGCCCCCGCAGGUCUGUCAAUAAACCCCCUGUGUACCUGCCUGCAGUGUUGGCUACAGCGAGUGAUUCAUGGGCUGAGUGCAGAUGAGAGGUGGGGAGAGGGCCCUGGGGAGGCAGCCCUCCGCCUCCCACCCCCACACAGUGUGUAAGGCAGUGGCCUCUGCCCUCUGGAAGGAGGGGCUGCGCGGGAGAACUGGCCAGGCGGAGUGCCGGGGCACAGGGCCGCAGUGUGGAGUGGCCCAGACCCAGAGGGGCCCAGCGAGGAAGGGCAGGAGGCCCAAAGUCAUGGUGGCCUUCAGGCCUCCCUGCCCCUCCCAGGACACAGGAUGCCUGACGACCCCAAGCAGGGAGGCAAAUGCCAGAGACACAGCCUCCCUCACGUCCUCCCUCAGGGCCCAGCUGGAGUCCAUGGCCACACCCGGCAUAUGAGUUAGGUUCUCUGCUUUGCUGAACUGAGUCUGGGCGCUGCCAUCUGGGCCACCUGACUCCUCAAGUUAGAAGCCCCCCAGCCCGUGAGGUGCUCCUGGGAGCCCAGAAUGGUGCCCACACCCCAGCCCCUGCCUUCUGGAGAGUGGCUGGUUGGACACAACCCACGGAGCCCAAUCCAGCCUGGCCAGCCACCAGGAGAGCACACGCACCCUCCCCGGCAGGACUGGGAGGCCUUUCCUGAGCGCAGGUUCCAGGGCUCACCCCAGCCCCACAGUGUCCCUGAUGCCUGGAAGCCUGCCCUCUCCCUGACCUUGAGCCGGUGGUGGUGACCCCUGAACAGCAUUUUGCAGGACUUGCAUCUGAUGGGCAGACCCAGGUCUCUUCCUGCGCCUUGCUGGGGCUGACCGGCCACGGCCCUAGCUGCUUCCUCACCAGAUAAGAGAAUAGGGAAGUGUCCCGCUCCUGCUGGGCACAGGCCCCCGGAGAAACGGUUCCCUGCAGAGCGUUGUCCCUGCUGCCGCCUCAGGCCGCUCCCUCCUAAGCCCUGGCCUGGCCCACUGCUAGUGGCGUUGACCAAGGCCCUGCCUGAACUCCUGCAUGCUGGCUGGACUUCUGCCCACCCUCCUCCGUCCUGAGCUGGGCCUGAAAGGCAGGCAGGGCAGGAGGGAGCAGGAAGGCCAGCCAGCAGCCCAGCUCAGCUAGCCUGGCUGGAGCAGGGCCGGUGGAAGGGGCCCCGGGGUCAGGCACAGUACUGAAGGAGCAGGUGCCUGGCAGACCCAGGCAGCGGGGAGCAAAGCCAAGGAGGCCCUGCCCUCGGGGGUGGGGUCACCCCCCUUCCCGUGGAAGAGACCCAUAUAGAGUGUAUCCUGAGUUCAGUGAAGACAGGUCAGGGGCAGCUGCCCUCCCAGCCUCCACGGACCAGGCGGACCACGGUGCUCCUAGCUGUGCGGACCACCUCCUCAGCCUGACCACCACUUGGCGGACUGUGGCUAAACUGUGGGGCUGGGGUGCGGGUGAGGACUACCGGAGGCAAUGACCCCCAGCCUUCCUGGUGGAGCGGACGGCAGGCACUUCCGGACAGACGAGGUCGCUCAAGCGCCACGGCGAGGAGCCGGCUGCGAUCCGAGUGGGGUGGUCGGCCUUCCCCGGGCCGGCGCCUGCGGCGUGCGUGCGCAGGAACAGCGGUGACUACGAGCCUGGCCCCCGCCCGACAGCAUGUUGAC